AUGGCACCUAUGGUACCGCCUGGAGAACCUCGCAAAGGUGCCAAACCCCAGCCAUUAGGCAACUUCCCGUUGAUAAUCCUGUUCACAACAUGCACAUUAUGUGCCGUAUUUCUAUUGUGGAGGCGUGCCUCAUCGUUGAAGACCGUUGUUGCUCACCAGCUUAGCACUUGGACGCAAAAGGAAGGCAGAAUCCGCUUAUCGGAAGACGAUGGGCCUCCUUCGCGCGAAUUUCUGGAGGAUGAAUAUGAUGAGGAUAACGCCAGAAUACCAGACGACGAACCGCUUGCCGUCACUGCGCAUAGGCUGAAUUCCGUCAAUGUCAUUCCCGUCACAGAACACACGCCCUCCGAUGAGCAUGCUGUACAGCCUCCCGCUGGUGGAGACUCGCAGAUUCUGAUUACAUCUUUGACUUGA